GCCUGAGUCUCGAGUGUGAUCAGCUUUGGUGAAGUGAGCAGCGCGCCAAGAGAAAUUGUCUCCAGCACUUCAUGUCAACUCGCAUCGCAAAUGGGACGAGUGUUCCACAACUCAUCUUUUAUUGCUCACUUUCAUGGCAAAGAAACGCGACUACAGCACGAUGUCCGCCUCUGCACCAUCUCCGUACAUUGGCAUGUUUGAACAAUUCCGAACGGAGCUGGACGAACACUACGACCGACGAGAGCGGAUAAUCAAAGCAUCACGAGACAUCACCGCCGCCUCGAAAAAAAUCAUCUUCACCCUGCAGCGCAUCCGCCAACUGGCGCAGCCGCUUUCGCCGCACAUUGUCAAGGGUAACCAGCAGUACUACGACGCCAUUUCGACUCAGUUCGCCGCUGUGAGCAAGGACUUACAGGGGCUGAAUGCGCACCGGUACGCGAGGCAGAUUAGUGGGGGAUGUCAGGAGUACAUUGAAGCUGCGACGUUCCAACACUACUUGACGACCGCCAAUUUAUUACCUUACAGCGAUGCAGCGGCGCAAAUGCGAUUACUAGAUGCCACGGGAGUAGGAGUGGAGCUCAGCGUCGAAGACUACAUUCUAGGCGUGUACGACAUGACCGGCGAACUGAUGAAGUUCGCCAUCACAGCCAUGGCGACAAGCGGGACUCUCCCGACCCCGUCAACAUCAUCAGAUGCGCCGCAAAAAGUGGAGGCAGACGCAGACGUAGCAAGCGACAAACGCAACGUGUUGACGGAUUUGCGCGAACUGCGGUCGGCGCUCGAAGCGCUGGAUCCGGGGCUGGGGCCUUUUGCCAAAGAGGCGGAGAAGAAGAUGGAGGUGAUGCGGAGUAGUGUAGAGAAGGUUGAGAGGGCUUUGUAUGGGUUGACGGUGAGAGGGGCGGAGAGGCCGAAGGGUUGGAUGCCGGAUGUUAUGGAUGGUGGGAGGGGGUUGGAGGUUGAGGGGUGAUGGGGUGGAAGGGGAUGGG